GUAUACAUUCAUCUGAUCUGUCAAUGCUAUUGUCUGUGGCGAAUUGGCGAUCCAUCCAUGGUGGAUGGAUGGAAUAUAACAAUUUUUUAGUAAACAAACGUAGAUUUUGGUGAAACUGAUAGUUUUAACAAAAGAAACGAAUUCAUUAGGACAAUUAUUUAUAUAGUGCAGCAUUUUAGCUACAUCAUACUUGCUUUGAGACCUCCAAAAACCUGAGGAAAAUGGAUGAUUCCAAAUCGGAGGAAACCCCAAAACAGGAGCCAGUAAUAGAAUUUAAAAAGCCAGUGCUCUUCGGACGUAUCGGAAAGCUUCCCAAGAAAGUGACACACGAUCAUGAGAAGGCAGCGGAAGAUAAAAAAGUGCCAGAACCUACAGAGACGAAAUCUGAGGAGCCAAAUAAUUCUUCUUCUACAACAGUCACUCAGAAGGAAUCCGUAACACCGAUACCUUAUAAAGAGCCUAAGUGGUCAGGGAUUUGUCCAGACGGUGCAAAUUACGGUUUGGAAGUCUUGAAAUCGGGCAUGAUUGUUGAAAAUAUUGAUUUGACGAAAAAGUCAUUUUACGUUUUUGGGAGACUUGCUAAUUGUGAUGUUGUGAUGGCACAUCCUACUAUAUCCAGAUACCACUGCAUUCUCCAAUACAAAGCGUUCGCUGAGGAGGGAGAGCCUCCAUGCGGUUGGUAUCUCCACGAUAUGGGCAGUACGCACGGAACGUUUCUCAAUAAGGAGCGUUUAAAAUCGAAUCAUUACACUCGGGUGAGAGUCGGACAUCAGAUCAAAUUCGGAAGUAGCUCCAGGACUUAUAUCAUGUUGGGUCCAGACUUUGAUUGUGAAGGUGAAUCAGAAUUAUCGGUGACAGAAAUCAAACAGAGAGCAUUGAAUAUGAAGCUGGAUAGACAGAGGUUGAUAGCAGAGGACAUCGAGAGGAGGGAGAGAGAAAGAAUAGAGGAGGAGAGAAAGAGAGAGGAGCAAGGGAUAGAUUGGGGACUGGGUGAGGAUGCUGAAGAGGAACCAGACUUGGCUGAAAACCCUUACGCUAGCACGGCUAACGAAGAGUUGUAUCUUGAGGACCCGAAGAAGACAUUGAGAGGCUACUACGAGAGGGAAGGCCAUGACUUGAACUAUGACUGCGAAGAAAGAGGCGUAGGGCAGUUUCUUUGCAGGGUAGAGUUACCUAUAGACGAUGCUAGAGGUAACCCGGUCAAAGCAGAAGUUAUACAUCGAGGCAAGAAGAAGGAAGCGGUCAUAGCUUGCGCUUUAGAAGCCUGCAGGAUAUUGGACAGAGCCGGGCUGUUGAGGCAAGCUAAACAUGAGUCACGCAGAAGGAAACAGCGCGAUUGGAGCGCAGACGACUAUUACGACUCCGAUGAAGACACGUUUCUCGAUAGAACGGGCAGUGUCGAGAAGAAGAGGACGCUGAGGAUGAUGAGACACGGCGCCAGUGAGGACACAGGGGAUAAGGCGAAACCACUCACUUACGACGAUCUGCUCAAGCAAAUCACCGAGAUAGAAUCCAAAAUAUCGUCCGAAGAAAGGUGUUUAGAGCGUUUACGGACGUCUCGCGAUACGGAUGCGUAUACGGACGCCGAUACGGACGCUUUGGACGCGUUCAUGACGUCACUGGGCAAACAGGGGCAGAGUAUGGCUCAGAAGGCGGAGAUAUCGAAGACUAAGAUGUCAAUACAGAAACUCAAGUCCGAGUUAAGUAAGACACAAAGACUAGCAGAGUUAGCAAGACCGGCACAUUUACCGCCGCUGGUGAAGCAAACGGAACCCAAGAUGGCCGUCAAAGUUGCCAACAACUCCGUAGUCUACGGGAAGAGGAUAAGAUUAAAAGAAGACGGGAUGAAGAAGCCCAAAGUCGCAAAAGAAAUCAAGAAAGUGGAAGAGGAAUUCGUUGAAGAAGUUGACUCAGACGAAGAAACUAUAGAAAAUAAAAUUGUUACUGAAAAAGAAAUUAAAAGCAAUAAUCGUCAUCAAGAAAAGACCAAAGAAACUUCUACAGAAAAGGAUGGAGAUACGACAACGCAAGAGAGCGAUAAGAACAGCAGCCAAAAAAGGGUUUUUGGUCCUAUGAGGCCGCCGGAAAACUAUGUGAUCCCAGAAAACUAUUUCGAUCAAGAAACUGACAGAGAUUUACCUGAAAUCGUCGAAGACGAAUGAGUAGUUGUAAAUAAAAUAGUUGAUCAAA